UUUGGAAAAACUGCUUGCAGUAUAUUAAUGAAAUGCCACAUCUUUCACUCAGGUUCCUCUCUGGUUCUUCCUGACGGUCUGGUGCGGUUGUCUGGAGAGACACAGUGUGAGGGGGAGGUGGAAGUUUUCAUCCAUCAGGUCUGGAGGAGAGUUCUGCUGGACUCCUGGAGUCUCACUGAAUCCUCUGUGGUCUGCAGACAGCUGGGCUGUGGCUCUGUGCUGAACUUCUACGGCUCCUCUUCAUCCAGUCCUGAACACAGUCAUGAGUGUGUGACGGGCUUCCAGUGCUCUGGGAGUGAAGCUCAUCUGGGGAACUGCAGCUCUCCACAAACUCUCAACUGCAGCUCCACACAACAGCUGUCAAUCACCUGCCUUGGUCGCGGGUCCAUCAGGCUGGUGGGUUCUUGGGGAGACUGUGCAGGGAGGCUGGAGGUUUUUCACAGCGGCUCAUGGGGGACAGUGUGUGAUGACUCCUGGGAUAUUAAAGAUGCUCAUGUGGUGUGCAGACAGCUGCAGUGUGGAGUGGCCCUCAGUAACCAGCAGGUACCAGCCUGGUUUGGUCCUGGUUCUGGACCCAUAUGGCUGGAUGAGGUGGAGUGUGAGGGGAAUGAGACGUCCCUGUGGAGCUGCUCUUCUCCAGGCUGGGGAAAACAUGACUGUCAGUGUUACAGGCCCCGUGCAGAAGGCCAUGCUGGCAGAUUAGAAAGUCCCGGUAAAAACAGGAAAAAUUGA